AUGGCUCCCGCUUCCAACGAGGAACAAUUCAAAUUCCUCAUCAGCUGUAUUAGAUAUAGCAACAAUGGCAAGGUAAGAUGAAGCUGCGACGUUGAUUCACCUUCCCUUACUCCCCUCGCUAAUACCUGGCAGGUGGAUUUUGGUCAAGUAGCAAAGGAGUGUGGCAUUUGCACCAAGGGAGCAGCGUAAGUGUAGAUUGAUACCUCGAUCUCCCUAUCCUCUCCUGCGCUUUCGUGUGCCUUUCGCGAUGCUUUAUUCAGAAUGCGCAUCACCUUCACAGAUUUGCUAACGCGAAUCAACUGAGACAGUGCAAAGCGCUACGAGCGUCUCAUGCGAGCUCAUGGCAUCAGUUCCAACUCUACCAAUACGAAGCCAGUCACACCGACAAAGUCAAAGCCAGAGCGUAAGGAUUCCACAUCGGGCAACAAGAAACGCAAGCUCGCGGACCUUGAAGAGGACGGAAACAAUGGCGGAGAUGACGACGAGAACUUCGGAGACAUGACUCAAACUUCCAUCGUCAAAUCCGAGAAGAAGAAGAACCUAGCACGCAUCACAACUCAAUCUGUCAAAUUCGAGAAGGAUGCCCCGAAGUCUGCCAUCAUGACCUCAUCCCCCGUCCCUCUGGAUGAGGCGGCCGAUCUCAUGCAAUUCUACCCUGCUGAGUCCGGAUCCCAAAGCUUCAGUGACGCCUCCUUCUCGAGCGCUCGUGAUUUCGACUUCACGUCAGGUGAUUUUGGCAGGUUUGGCAGAAACACUUCCCCCACCGAUGAGCAUUCCAUCUUCAGCAGCAGCUUUAAUGGGCUCAACUCGUACCCGGAUUCUGACCCUUUGGGCCUUUUUGCUCCAGGUAUCCAAAGGAAUAUUCAAUUGCAAGCUCCAGUUGUCCCCAGCAAUGACCGCGUCAUCCUAGCUCCUGUUCCACGAUCACAAAUGGCUUCGCAAGUCUUCCGCAACUCGCAAUUCUCGCCAUUCUCCUCCACUGCACUCUCGGACAACCCCGUCGUUCUCGAGUAA